AUGUCUCUCCUCUCCGCCCACCUCGAACAAAUCGCCUACUCCUGUCAAGGCAUCGACGCCCUCCACUUCCCUCCUCCCAAGAUAUUCACAAACGCCCUCCUGUCCAGCCACGACAUCACAUGCCUCAUCCGCGACACCGAAGCCCAUGAGCGCGCCCUCUUCUCCGUUCCGCCGCCACCGCCCCCCUCUGCCUCCCUCCGCAGCCCCGACCUCGAGUCCCAGCCCUCCGCCAACCGCCGUCAGACCGUCUUCAAUGUCGCCGAGGGCGAGGUGACGGCCGCCGGCCCCGGUCGCGGCUCCACCCACCCACGCCGCCGCACCGCCGUCGCCGCCGUCCUGGGCGGCGAGAUGCACGAGCAGCUGCGCGCCGAUCGCAAGGGAGACGUCGACGUCGACGUGCUGCUCCGCGGCGCCGAGAAGCUCUGCGGCGUCUAUGAGCUGCCCGGCGCCCGCGAGCGCAUCGCUGCCCUGCGAAGCCGCUAUCGCAACGGUAAAAACACCACCGCCUACUACGAAGCAAAGGUCGCCGAGCAGGCCGAGCAGCUUGCAAGCAUGAACAAGGGCUGGCUCGGCGACGACGACGACGACGAGCAGCAACACCAAGCCCCCGAGGACGAGAGCGAGCUCUGGACCGAGGCUGACUUGCGCCGAGAAGAGGACGAGGCGCGCGAGAUGGAGCUCAAGAAAAAGGAGCUGCAGGCAAGGUUACUGGCCAUGGACAAAGACCUCGGAGGGCUCUUGAAUAUGUGA